AAAACGAACCGUCCUCUCCUCCUUGCCCGCAUAAAACGCGAAUCUCUCUCUUAUUAUUUAUUACUAUAAUAACAUUUCCUUAUCUUCCUAUUUCUAUUUCUAUUUCUAUUUCUAUUUCGCUCUCUUCCAAAGUUCCCAAAAAGAAACGAAGAACAACGCACACUUUGAAACGGAUCUGAAAGCUGAACCACAAUAUACUGAAAACCUACUCUUUAUUUACUCUCCUUUUUUUGGUUCUUCUGUCUCUUUUGCAUGCAAAAGACUGGUAGUGUAGCUUGAUUUUUAGGGUUAGGGUUUUGUGUUUAUGAGGGUUCGGAGAUAGGGUUAAGAUUAGGGUUUAGGAUAGGACUACGGUUCGACGGUUAUGGGAUGCGAAGGGCGCGUUGGGGAUUUGGGGAGCCCUAUGCCACUGGCAUAAGAAGAUGAUGGGUAGGAGUGCGGACGGAGGUUGCGGCACUGAGGAGAGGCCUUGCCGCCCAAUUUCUAGUGUUUCCGGUCGGAAUCCGGCGUGGAAACCUGAGAAUGCGUUGAAGCGAUUGUCAUUUGAUGAUGUCGGUGUCGAUUUCUUUUCUCAGGCAGGUAAAGUUCUUUCUGAACGUUCCCCUUUUGAUAAACCUGAAGGUGGCUCCAUUUCCGAGUUGAGUGUGCCUACGCUGCCUAGUGGAUUGGCAAGUUUGUUAAAGCAGGCUGAUAGUAGGAAGAAGCAUAAGAAGUCGCAUUCUGGAGCGGACAAGAAGUCUUCGAAACAAAAGGAAAAGAAGCAAGGUGGAAGCAUUUGGGUUGAAACAAAAGAGUAUUUUAGGGACUUGGCAUUACAGGAUAUUGACGCUUUGUUUAAGAUUACACCGUCUAGCUCUUUAGCUGCUAGGAAGAAGUGUUUUAUUAUUCCGUAUGUUGGCGAUGAGCCGAGGGUGAAUUGGAAUUUGGAUGCUGACGUGCGCGAGAAGGCAAGCGUGAGUUGUGGAGAGCAUUUAAAUGUUAGGAAUGAAAAUGGCGGUGUUGGAAAAGAAGAGGAGAAGGUGGUGGUCGAGGAGGAGGCUGAGCAGUUAAUGGAAAUUGAUAGUGUGGAAACGCAAGCUCAGUUUUCACUAAAGGAAGAAAGAGGAUGUUCUGUUUCAGAUUCAUCUAGUGGCUUAGGCUGGCUUUUAGGGUCUAGGAGUAGGAGAUUGACAUCAGAGCGGCCUUCUAAGAAGAGGAAGCUCCUUGGAGAUGAUGACGGGCUGAAGAAGGUAUUAGUCGCGUGUCAAUGUGAUGGGAAUUCAUCUUUAUGUCAUUUUUGUUGCACUGAUGAUACCAGAAAAGAAUCGAACAGAUUGGUUGUUUGCUGUUCUUGUAAGGUUGCUGUUCAUCAAAAGUGUUAUGGUGUCCAAAAUGACGUUGAUAGUUCUUGGUUAUGUUCUUGGUGUAAACAGAAAAAUGAUAGCAAUGAUGCCGGGAAACCCUGUACACUUUGUCCAAAGCAGGGCGGUGCUUUAAAGCCCAUCCAAAAGAGUGAUGAAAAUAGUGGGUCUAUGGAAUUUGCUCACAUGUUUUGUUCGAUCUGGAUGCCUGAGGUUUAUGUAGAAGACUUGACAAAGAUGGAACCAAUUAUUAAUGUGGGAGAAGUAAAGGAAACUAGAAAGAAAUUAGUCUGUAAUGUAUGCAGGGUGAAGUAUGGUGCUUGUGUCCCAUGCAGUCAUGGCACUUGCAGAAACUCAUUCCAUCCUCUAUGUGCAAGAGAAGCCGGGCAUAGAAUGGAAGUUUGGGCAAGAUACGGGUGUGAUAAUGUAAUUCUUUUUUUUUCCCUUCUUUUUUAUGGAGUUGUUUUGCUAUUAUUGAUUAGUAGUUACUUUGCUCUUAUUUUAGGUUUUCUCAUCAUAAAUCUUCAGCUAUUCUUAGUGUUUUUACAGAUCGAGAUGCGGGCAUUUUGUUCUAAGCAUUCAGAAAUCCGGAAUAACAGCAGUUCCCCACAGCUUGGAGAACUUUGUGCAGCCGCUAAUGACUUUUCUAUAGCCAACCAGUUCUCUCCAACAUCUACGGAAAAAUCUCAAAAUUUAAAAAUUGGCCAUAAAGAUGAAGACAAAAUUACAGUGGACAUACAUGAUCCAGAUGACAACUCUGAUAAAUCUGGUGAUGGUGAAUUGCAAGAGAUAGGCUUCUUUGAUACCAGAUUAGAUGCCCGAGUUUUGUCAGAAUACGGUGACUUGCAGCAGCUUGUUGAUAUGGGGCUGCUGGAGAGGAGCAAUAUAAAUGAUCAUGACCCAUCUGACCCCCAUAAUUUUGCACUGGUUUUGAAGAAGCUGAUUGCCCAAGGAAAAGUCAAUGUAAAAGAUUUAGCAUUGGAGGUUGGACUCUCGGAUGACUCUUUGAGUGCUUCAUUAGAUGGUGAUAGCUUGGCACCCGACUUGCAAGGCAAAUUAAUGAAAUGGCUCAAAAAUCAUGCUUAUAUGGGCUCUUCCCCCCAAAAGUUAAAAGUUAAGAUAAAGCCUUUGAUGUCAUCCAAGGAUGAGACUGGAGCAACUGAUGGUUAUGACGAUAUAAUGGACUUUAUGUCUGAUAUAACAAAUCCUGUUGCUGUUAAGUCUGUGCCUCCUCGGAGAAGAACCAAGAGCAAUGCGAGGAUUUUGAGGGAUAAUGAAGUAAUAUGCUCAUCAGAUGAAAUUAUUAAUGACAAUGGUUUAGUGAUGGAUAAAGUUAUGGUUGAUAGCCUUGCCAAGGAAGAAUUAUAUGAUUUAAGUGAAGCAUCCAUUCUCGAUGCCAUUGGAAAGAAUUCAGCAAAGCCUGAUGAUUCCCUGGACUCCUCAGACAGGCAUUUGCCUGCAUCUGAAGGAAAUUCACCUGAUCUCUCAAAUGAUGGCUUCUCUGAAAGGAGUCGAUCAGAGAUGGCAGCAACUCCUGAGAAGAUUACAGUAGCAACUUCAGAACAAGAAAGUUCCAUUUUCCCAAUUGUGAAUCUCAUAAGUGAAGAGUUUUCUAAUUUUUAUAUCCACCCCUAUAUACGCAAGAAAUUUCUUCAGAUGCACGAUAAAUUUAUUUGUAACAACAGAGUAGGCAAGUUUGAAGACGGAAUGAACACAUUAAAUGAGUUGGAUGGUAAAAGGGAGAGAGAUUGCUCUUGCUUGGUGGCAGCUUCUACCGACAGUGUUCAUUCUAGUCAUGAAAGUGAACAUCCCAAGUGCAAUGAGAAGAGUUGUACACCUGAUGAUUUAGAUUUUUUUAUUAAGGCUAGGAAAUUGAGAUCUCUCAAAUUGUCUCCGAAGGAUGAAGUGGAAGGGGAAAUUAUAUAUUAUCAGGAUAGAUUAAUGCACAACAUAAUUGCUAGAAAUUGUGUUACAGAUAAUCUGGUUUCUAGAGUUGCUAAAAGUCUACCGGUUGAGGUUGAAGCUGCAAGGGAACAAAGAUGGGAUGCUGUGCUUGCAAAUCAAUAUCUUUAUGAUAUAAGAGAAGCAAAGAAGCAGGGCCGUAAAGAGAGAAGGCAUAAGGAGGCACAAGCUGUAUUGGCUGCUGCAACUGCUGCUGCAGCUGCUUCUUCCAGAAAUUCACUAUCAAGGAAAGAUGGUGAAGAUUCUAGUCAGCAAGAGAAUAUAUUGAAGCUGAAUGCUUGUGCUGGGAGAGCUGGCAUUAGCUUGCAGCAAAGAUCAAAAGAUGCUUGGGAUGCUGUUCCACGAAUUUCAUCUGGGAAGUACUCUGAUAUCGUUCAGUCGGUGUCAGAUUUUUCUAAAGAACAUCCUAGGUCAUGUGACAUCUGCCGACGGUCUGAGACAUUACUAAAUCCUAUUUUAGUCUGUUCUGGAUGCAAGGUUGCUGUUCACUUGGAUUGCUAUCGCAGUGUUAAGGAACCUUUGGGUCCUUGGUGUUGUGAAUUAUGUGAAGAAUUGUUCUCAUCAAGAUCCUCCGAAGCUACAUCUCUAAAUUUUUGGGAGAUAUCUUAUCCUGCUGCUCAUUGUGGUUUAUGUGGUGGUACUACCGGUGCUUUUAGGAAAUCUGUGGAUGGCCAGUGGGUACAUGCUUUCUGUGCUGAGUGGGUUCUUGAGUCAACGUUCAGAAGGGGACAAGUAAAUCCUGUAGAAGGAAUGGAGAAGGCUUCAAGGGGGGUUGACAUUUGUUGUAUAUGCCAUCGAAAGCAUGGUGCAUGCAUAAAGUGUAGUUAUAAUCACUGUCAGACCACUUUUCAUCCCUCCUGUGCUAGAAGCGCAGGCUUCUGUAUGAAUGUUAUGCUUGCUGGUGGGAAAUUCCAGCGCAAUGCUUUUUGUGAAAAGCACAGUGUGGAACAGAGAGCAAAGGCUGAAACUCAGAAGCAUGGAGUUGAAGAGUUGAAAAACAUGAAGCAAAUUCGGGUUAAACUGGAGAGGUUACGCCUUCUUUGUGAUAGAAUCAUCAAACGAGAAAAAUUGAAGCGGGAGUUGGUUGUUUGCUCGCAUGAAAUACUUGCACGCAAAAGAGAUCAUGUUACUCGUUCACUGCUUUUUCAUAGUCCUUUUCAUCCAGAUGUUAGCUCAGAAUCUGCAACAACUUCCCUCAAAGGUCACACGGAUGGUUACAGAUCAUGCAGUGAAUCGAUGAGAUCAGAUGAUAUAACUGUAGAUAGUACUCUUUCAGUUAAACACCAAAUAAAGAUUCCUGUGUCCGUGGAAAAUGAUCAAAGGACUGAUGAUAGUUCCACAUCACAGAGCCCUUUUGUCCCAAAGCCAAUGGAUAGGGUUAGAUUCUCUGGGAAGCAGAUCCCUCAUAGAUAUUCGCUUGCAUCUCGUAACAGUUUAGAUAAUGCUGAAAGGAACUUAAAACUAAGGAAGCCAAUUGAAACAUUUGAAAAGGAGUUGGUAAUGACAUCAGAUGAAGCAUCGAUGAAGAAUUCGCGGUUACCAAAAGGAUAUUGUUACGUCCCCGUUGAUUGUCUUCCUAAGGAGAAGCAGCACGCACAGGAUGCUUGUUCUGAUGGACAAUUGGAGCACAAUGGAUAAGGCUGAGUCAAUACCUGGAUGUUUCGAUUGCCUAUGAUGAGUGAUGACAAUCUAUGCCACUUUAUAACUGCUUUCCACGCAGGUGACUUGCUUAUCAGAUUAUGAAGGCGGUAAAUAAGGCAGCAAAAUCAGUGCUGAGAUGUUGAGUGGGGGAGCUGCAUUGUGUGGCUGGUGAUGGGGGUGGAUAUGUGGAGUUCUGGCGUCAUUGUUGUAUAUUCACCAACAGUUAUAAUCGUACAGUGGGUGAGCGUUCAUUCCAUCAUAUCAUGUUUUGGCAAGUCUUCAAGGUCAGGGUCUUAGGGAUUGAGGAUCGCAGAUUGGUGAUUUGUUUAUUGUACCUCUUUUUAAUACGGCGAAGGUACGUAUUGCCCACAAUGCGUGCUCUGUAUAGGUAUUCAGAUAUGUAUUUAAUGUCAACCUGCAAAGAAAAUGGUGCCCAGCGAGAGAUCCAUACAGGGAUAUGCCGAUUCUUUCCUUUGGUUUAUGAUUAUUUUCAUCUGCUCUUGGUUUGUUGUCUUUAGCUGAUCAGUGUUAAGGUAAAAUCUAAUAAAACCAAAAUUUACAAGUACAAAAAUUAUAUAUAUAUUUUUUCAAAGAGAGCUGAUAUGAAAUUGUUUAUGUUAACUAAUGAUACAUGGUAAUUUGUGUAUUCUUGUUUAUGUUUUAACUAUGAUAUUUUAUGUACAAAUAAUGGACAUGUUAUAAUUA